AUGGCGUCGCCAGAACCAUCCAUCAGCGUGGCAGGGUGCCUCGAUGCCAUACACCAUUGGCUGACUUCAUUCGAGCAGACAAUAGAGAACAGGCCACUAGCCUAUCUCGAACAUCUCGAAGACCUCACAGAGCUCCUGGUGAUGCUGCUUGGGCGUCCCCGUGAGACGAGAGUCAGUCACGAAGAGGUCGAAAUCGUGGAUAUGGUGUCGAGGGUGCGGCAUGUGUUGGAAUUGGCCGUAAACGGCGAUCUCGGUGCCUCACAGGAGAGCCAGGUGGCGAGCGACGAUCUCACGGUGGCCGAAUACAUUCGAGCUUCGAUGCAGAGACAGGUGGGGGUUGAGAUCGAGGCCUCCCUGGCUGCUUUGGUUCGGCUCAUCAUUGCGUGGGUGAGACAAUCUCUCUGGCAGAACGAGGCAUGCUGCACUUGUGACCUCCACGGACGUCGUCACGUCCUGGAGAGCCAUCUUCUACUCUUCAUUACGGCAUGGGUGGACUUGCAACGUUCAAUCAAUCGAGACGAGUCGGAAGCUGCCUUUGCCCCCGCCCUCGACCUGCCAGGCCCCGGAGCCUUGCACCCAGUGCUCGAAUCGAUGCAGCCAGUCCACGACGCAGCCGCCAGUACCUCACCCUCACCCGUGGCCCUGCAGCUAGAUGAGCAGGCAACAGAGAAGUUACCAACUGCCGCUGCCGAUCCCGCCAUCGACCUCUCCGUCACACCAGAGUCGACGCCCGGUGUCCAUCUAGCGCCAAGCCUUGUCACCUCUGCCGACCGAUCCCCCGGGUCCCCGACAGGCCAAGACGGUCGUUGA